AUGCCUGACUUAUUUAGGCGCCGCGUUUUGUCCCCGUCGUCCGGCCCCAGCCGAGCCGACGCGCGCGCCAUGGCCUCCUCCCCUCUCGCCUCCCCGGCCCGCCGCGCCCUCCUCUUGUCGUCGUUCCUCCUCUGCUUCCUGCCGCGCCAUGUUGCCGCCGGCGCCGCUGGGGCGGCGGGCUACGUCACCGUCUCCACCGCCAGCUUCGCCGCGUCGAGCGCGACCUGCGACGAACCCGGCCCAGUGAUCCCGCCGCGGCAGGGGAACGGCACGCUGGCGGUGCUGCGGCUGGCGCACCGGCACGGCCCGUGCGGCCCGUCGGCGGCGUCGGCGGUGGCGGCCCCGUCGUUCGCCGAGGUGCAACGCGCGGACCAGCGGCGAGUGGAGUACAUCCAGGGGCGGUUGUCGGGGGGCGGCGGCGCGCGGGGGGCGAGUAAGGGGGGCCUGCAGCAGCGGCAGCAGCAGCUCGCGGCCGGCUCCAGGUCGGCGACGGUGCCGACCACCAUGGGCGUCGGCACGUUCCAGUACGUGGUGACGGUGAGCCUGGGCACGCCCGGCGUGUCGCAGACGAUGGAGGUGGACACGGGCAGCGACGUGUCGUGGGUGCAGUGCAAGCCCUGCGCCGCGCCGGCGUGCUACAGCCAGAGGGACCAGCUCUUCGACCCGGCCAAGUCGUCCACCUACUCCGCCGUGCCGUGCGGCGCGGGCGCGUGCUCGGACCUUGGGAUCUACCAGGCCGGCUGCUCGGGGACUCAGUGCGGGUACGUGGUCAGCUACGGCGACGGGUCCAACACCACCGGCGUGUACGGCUCCGACACGCUGGCGCUGACGCCGGGCAGCACGGUGGGCACGUUCCUCUUCGGCUGCGGUCACGCGCAGGCGGGGCUGUUCGCCGGCAUCGACGGGCUCCUCGCGCUCGGCCGGCAGGCCAUGUCGCUCAAGUCGCAGGCGUCGGGCGCGUACGGCGGGGUCUUCUCCUACUGCCUCCCUUCCAAGCCGAGCUCCGCGGGGUACCUGACGCUGGGCGGGCCGAGCAGCGCGUCGGGGUUCGCGACGACGGGGCUGCUGACGGCGUGGUCCGCGCCGACGUUCUACAUGGUGAUGCUCGCGGGCAUCAGCGUGGGCGGGCAGCCGGUGGCCGUCCCGGCGUCGGCGUUCGCGGGAGGGACGGUGGUGGACACGGGCACGGUGAUCACGCGGCUGCCGCCGACGGCGUACGCGGCGCUGCGGUCGGCGUUCCGCGGCGCCAUCGCGCCCUACGGGUACCCGCCCGCCCCCGCCAACGGGAUCCUGGACACCUGCUACGACUUCAGCCGGUACGGCGUGGUGACGCUGCCGACGGUGGCGCUGACGUUCAGCGGCGGCGCGACGCUGGCCCUGGAGGCCCCCGGGAUCCUGUCGAGCGGGUGCCUCGCGUUCGCGCCCAACGGCGGCGACGGCGACGCCGCCAUCCUCGGCAACGUGCAGCAGCGCUCCUUCGCGGUGCGCUUCGACGGCGGCACCGUCGGGUUCAUGCCCAGCGCGUGCUGA